AUGCCUCGCACUACGCGGCAAACUACAGUCAAUAAGAAUGGCCACCAGACCGACUCGUCCACAUCCAAGACCUCCUCAAAGCAGGAGCUUUCCUCACCUCUGUCCUCGUCGUCCGACAAGCCUUCUCCCGAAAUACCAUCCUUCCCAACUCCAUCCGUAUCCUCCCAAUYCCUCCGAAUGUCCUACGCAAUAGCCCGCGGCGAGCAAGGCGUUUUAACAUUCGAACCCUACAAAUCCAUCCUCCUCCCUCAUUGGCGUUUCCGAACCGUCCCAAUCGCGAAAGAAUCCUCCCAAACAUUAAAAAAAGCUUUUGACUUUUACAUUCAUGUUGAGGAUUUCGUUGGCGCGGACAUGGCCAGGAAGUUCAUACAGAUGGGAAUGACGCGAGCGAGGCGGUAUGCGAAUCAUAAAGGUGGGAAGAAGUACAAUAAGAGUGAACGGGAAUUGGAGAGGGAUGGUGGGGAAAGGACGAUUCUCCCCAAGAGCGAAGGACAUGAUGGUAUGGAGGAGAAAGCGGCUGCUAGUGAGGUGUUCAAAGUGGUAUGGAGGGCUUGCAUUGAGGAUCGGGCGUACUUGACGUUGAAGGAGGAGUGGAAGAAGGAGAAGGCCGACUGGGAGAAGAGUGGGAAGAAGGUUAAGAAGAAGGACAAGUCAAAGGUCAAGCAAGAGGUGAAAGCAGAAGAACAGGUCAAAAUCAAGAAAGAGGACGAUUCAUGA